CACGAACACAACCCAGGACCCUCGAAGAUACCUCUUCCAGUAAUUCAGUCCUGAAGUGGAAAUACCAAUCGAUGCACCGAGACUGAAUAUCCGUUCCUGUCAGACUUAUCAUCUGCUUGGUCAUGGCAUCUUCACUUACCAUUAAUAUGCAACCUCCUCCCCGAGAUUGAACUCUAGUCCCAAAGCUCUUCUUGUGUCUCUUGCAUCUCCACCUCACUUCAUCCCCUCUCCUCUCCACCCUCUCUUCAAAAUGCCUUCCCUCCCCCUCCGCAUCGCCAUCCUCGAAUGUGGCGCGCCGCUCCCCGCUACCGCCACCAAGUACGGUACCUACGGCGGCGUCUUCACCUCACUCCUUCAAUCUGCCGCCUCCCCCUCCACCAGCCUCUCCAUCUCAACAUUCGACGUCGUAAAUACCCUCUCUUACCCCUCUUUACCAGACAUCGACGCCAUCCUCCUCACAGCAUCAAGUUUCGACGCCUUUGCUGAUGAUCCGUGGAUAUUGAAGUUGGUGGCUUUUGUGAAGGAGGUGUUGGAGCAGAGACGCGUACGGAUUAUCGCUGCGUGUUUUGGACAUCAGGUUGUGGGGAGGGCAUUGGGGGCUAGGGUGGGGAGGAGUGAGUUGGGGGGGAAGGAGGUUUUUGGGAAGGGUGGUUUGGAUUUACAUCAAAUUCAUGGGGAUGUGGUGUAUGACUACCCUCCUGGCGUAGAGGAGUUGGCAUGCACGGAUAAGUGUGCUGUGCAAGCUAUGUAUAUCCCGAAAAGGGUGAUGACGGUUCAAGGACAUCCGGAAUUCACGGAGGAGAUUAUGAGAGAAUUGCUCGUUACGGCACAUGCCUCGGGUCUCUUUGAUAAGGAAUUGUUCGAGGACUCAAUCAGCAGAGUUGACAAAAAUCAGGAUGGUGUGGUGGUUGCCCAAGCGUUUUUGAGAUUUUUGUUGGAGGAAUGAGGAAGUGCUGUGCAUGGUACUUGUUCCGAACGAGGAACCAAGGUUGGGAAGUUUUAGAUCUCGAGUAUUUGUAUUGGGAGCAAUUUUUGGGUUGAACUUCAGGCGACAUGAGGUCCAGAAUGGUCGACUUUCUUCAGAUGCUGGGCCACUUCCCGACAACCAGAGAAACGGAUUGUCAAUCGUUCCCCUUGACAAUGAUUGGAGGCGAAAAUGUGAUAAAAUGACGGUACUGCACAAUGGGACUUGGGCUGGCUUUGAAUAUCUUCAACACAACAACUUAAUC